CGCGUUGGCUUCACUCAGCGUCUCGCCCCUCCUCAUUUACUUAUCAUCAUCAUCAUCAUCAUCACCUUUCUCCUCCUCAGAUUAAAACAGCGUCACCAGCUCGUGGCGCACAUUUCCUUUCCAUGCGCGCAGAAAAGUGCGAGGCGCGCACAUCCACACCGCACAGCACCGCAUGAGCCGCGCGCACAGGUGGUGAACGAGCAAUGUCGACGCUGCUGGAGCUAAAGAGCAGUGUGCUGAGGCAGGUGCAGAGGAGCCAGUCCCUGAGGAGCAGGAGGGAGCCUCCGCCCGCCGCCGCCGCCGCCGCCGCCAGCCCGCUGACACUCCCACACAAAUCCGACAGGGCCGCCUUCGGGGUUGCCAAGGGAAAUGGGGAGUUCUUUGAGCGAAUGAAUAAAAUUGUCCAAAAGCAGGACUGUCUGUUGGUGACCAGCCAAGCUGAGGAGGAGGUUAUUGCAGGUCCACCACCACCAGAGUGUAUGGACCAGCUGCUUGUUCCUGAGAAAACCACUAGGAAUGAACUUGAUUUAUUAUACGAGGAGGUCGUCUACACUGUGGUUAAUCGUGUCGGUGUGCCAUCACCUGAAUAUAUAACCAACGAAGAGGACUUGUUCAGCUACCUACAAAAGGUGUUUGAUAUAAGCCAGGAGGAGCACGAAAUCAUUCUCCAGAGAGUGAGAGAGAGCAAGAGACCAGGUUUUUCUCUAAGGGUCUCUGUCAUGAAAGGCAAGAAUCUCAUGGCUAAGGACGCCAAUGGUUACAGUGAUCCCUACUGCAUGCUGGGUAUUCUUGUGGGACAAAGUCCACGUGAGACCGAGGAGAGAAAAGAGAGGAAAUUUAGCUUUCGUAAGAGGAAGGAGAAGUUAGAGAAGCGUUCCAGCGUCAAGGAAGUCCUGGCUGCACGAGACAUCCAAGUGACUGAUGUCAAACCUGAGACUCUGAACCCCGUGUGGAACGAACACUUUGUUUUUGACAUUGACGAUGUCCAGAAUGACCUCCUGCAUCUCGAUAUAUGGGAUCAUGACGAUGAUGUGUCUGUGGCUGAAGCGUGCCGUAAGCUGAACGAGAUCAGUGGGUUCAGAGGAAUGGGAAGGUACUUCAAGCAAAUAGCUAAAUCUGUGCGAUCCAAUGGAGCAUCAGCAUCAGGGAGUGAAGAGAAUGCAGAUGACUUUCUCGGAUGUUUGAACAUCCCAUUAAGUGAGAUCCCUGUUAUUGGCUAUGAUAAGUGGUUCAAGCUAGAGCCACGGUCUAGUGCAUCUAAAGUGCAGGGAGAAUGUCACCUCAUUUUAAGACUCUUCACCAGCCAGAGGGACACUGCUUUGAGUAAAGUGGUCUCAAAUGUCAUCAUUCAUCAGAAGAUAUUAAGUCAGAUCCUGGAAUAUGAACACAAACAAGUUCAGAAAGAACCCUAUAACUGGAAUGGACAGGUGUGUCCAGCAGCAUGGACUGUGCUCUCCCAUCAUGCUGUGCAAGCCGAUCUUACUCCACUGCAACAGGCAGUCAUUCGCUGGCACUGCUACAGUAGCCAUCACCGGUCACAGAGGAUGUGUUAUACACUACUGCUCAGGCUGCUGAGGGCCGUGGAAGCCGAGUGGGAGGCCGGAGAUGUCAAUAAAGAGCUGGAGACCCUUCUUGCUGAGAGCUUCAGACUCUACUGUGAUUACUGCCUGUGUCUUAUGAAAAGCAUGAGGCUUGUGUUUCCAUGCACUAACCCCGCUGCCAUCACGCGAUGUGAGAUAAUGCUGAGGACGGUUGGACAGAUGCAGAUGAUGCAAGCGUUUAAGGCAGUUUGUCCUAACCGUAAUGAACUACACCUGGAAAUAGCAACUGUCAUAAAGAAAGGCACAGUGGAAUGGUACGAGGCCACAAUUUCACACUUUAAACCAGAAGAAGGGACUGUGGAAGAGCAGCUAAAGAGACUUGUCCUGGUGGUGGAUGCAGUGUGUGUUGACGUACAGCGAGGGCAGAAUGUCUACAACAAGCUCUUUCAUAACUCGGUGAAGGUGGACUUCUUCAGCAUCUCCUAUAGGCAGUUAGAGAAGCUGGUGGCUGAUGACGUGAGUGUUGAAAUGGAGCGUGUUUGCGGGACUUUGGAACAGGAAAACUAUCGGCUCUCCCAGACGAUGGGCGAAACCCUGUUCGAGGUCUUCAUAUCUCUCAAGACCCUCAAACGAUUCAGGGAGUUCCUGCCACUCAAAGAUACCAAGAUGCUGGCACUAACGGGUUUUCACAAUUGGUUCAAAUCCUCCAUUCAUAAAUGGCUCCAGAUUGUGCAUGAGAAAUCUAUUGACAGGAUUCGCAAGGCUGUCGAGAUGGACCAGUUCGAGCCAGUCCAGCCGCAAGCCAAACACAGUGUGUCUGCAGUGGACGUCACAACGUGCUUCAACCAGGUGCAGGAGUUCUGGACCCAGCUGGCUUGGCCUGACUCUGCAGGGGCAUUCAUUUUCAUCACGCGCCUAACUGAUAAUUUGUGCAGUGAGGCAGUGUGCUAUGCAGAGCUCCUGAAGCGCAAAAUUGAGAGGAAUCAACUGGGUCAGGACCACCGAACCUUCAUCAUGCAGCUCUCUGUGGCACUUAACAACACGGAAUAUGUGCAAAUGUAUCUGUCCAGCUUGCCCCGGGAGCUGGACUGGAGGGCUGUGGAGAAGGCUAUGGAGGAGUCAUGUGGUGCUGAGGGCAAGGAGCAAGUGAACAAAGCCCUAAAUGGCCAGUUAUAUAAUGCUGACCUGGAUCUGCAGAGGGAGGCUAAAAGGCUAAUCACACACCUAACUGAUAAGAUGCUUCCUGAGCUUAGGAGAUACAUUCAGCACAUCAGCCUCUCUCCAGACACCAUAAAUAAUGAUGAUGCUGUGUCCCCAUUGAUGAAAUUCCUGGAUUCCACUCUAGUCAUUCUCAGUGAUUCACUGGUGAAGGAGAACCUGGCAAGAGUUCUCUGGAGUCUCUGGGAGCUCCUGGUGAGGAUGAUCCUGGACUCAGUGGCAGAAAACAGAGGUGUCCAGGUUGAGUUCUACACACGGUUCCAGUAUACUGUAGAGACAUUGGUGCGUUUUUUCCAUGCCAGUGGUGAUGGGCUGCUCUUGGAGGACCUUAAAUCUGGUGACUACAAGAUCCUGGAGGAAGAGCUGCGACUGAACAAGUGCACGUCCUUCGAGCUGAUUGAGCAGUACUUUCUGGAGAAGAUAUCCCAGCAGCGAAUCUUGAAGCAUAGCCGAUUUGGGCGCAUUAGUGUUAAAUGUUACUAUGAUGCUUCUGAACAAAGACUCACUGUGGAGAUACUGCAUGCGGCUGAUCUCAUUGCCCUGGAUGCUAAUGGUCUUAGCGAUCCAUUUGUUAUAGUGGAACUUUGCCCUCACCACCUUUUUCCUAACUCCAGGAGUCAACGCACUCAAGUGAAGCUCAAAACUCUGCACCCAGUUUUCGAUGAGCUCUUCUACUUUCAUGUAAGCCCGGAGCAGUACAGACACAGGUGUGCUUGUCUCACCUUUACUGUGAUGGAUUAUGACUGGCUAUCAACCAAUGAUUUUGCUGGGGAAGCAGUGGCCCCCCUGAGUGACUUCUGUUGGCCAGGGCGACCCAAUGCCACUGCGGCGGGGAAAACACUGCAGCCUUUUAUCCUACAUCUGUCGCGUCAAAAACCAAGCGAGAAACCAGUCAUGAAGAUGCUAGAGGCACGGACGGCAGACCGAGAAGCCCAAGAGUUUGUGCGAAGGCUAAAGGAGAUUGAAAAGUCCAUGGAGGAAGAGUAAUUUUUUCCUCCAUGAUUUACAAUAUUGCCAACUAUGUGCUUUUAUACCUGUUGUAUUAUGUUUGCUAUUUAAAACAAAACUCUUUUAAAUGUGUAUUUUUAUCUGUUGUCUACAAGUGAUCUAUAUGAAAAGAUGUUAAAAGAUCGUAUUUUGUCGCUGUUCAGCACUUUGUGUGCUGUGAUUUAACGUAUUCAGCUCACCCAAGGAGCUUGUGAGAAUUAUAUAAAUUCAUUUAAUGAUAGUAUAUUUUUAAGUAACUUUAGAUGGUAAGCUGUCGAAUUAGAUUUUGAAAGUUAUUUUAAGUACGUAUAGUUUUUUGUGACUUAAAGUAUAAGAGAUAUUCUACUGUCUUAAAAUGGUUUAUGAACUACGCUCAAAUGGCAUCAAAAGAAUCUUCACUGUAAUGUGUUUAUGGUACUUUUAAGGUCACAGAGUGGGUCUUUGUUACUGUAUGAAGAACAACAACAACAAAAAAAAAACUCUCGCUUUUGAAAAUGCUUUAAAAAAUCUGUCUAAAAACUGUGAACUGUGAACAUUUGUCCUGGACUCAGACCGGACUAUGUUGACAAUUUGACUGUAGCAAUUUUGUGAGAAUAUGUCUUUCCUAAAGAAUGUUUAUUUAUGCUAAGUGGUUCUUCAAUGUACUGGUUUUAAUGUUCAGAUGGUUUUUCUCAUCGUUUUGCAUUAAGCAGGUAGAAGGGUUUCAGCUGAGUUAACAAAAAGGGCUUCGAUUUUUACAUUAGAAUUACAAGUGGUUUCUGUUUCCUUGUUGAAUUCUGGAAGGACGAACACAAAUCCAGGGCUGACUAAGCUUUCUUAUUUUAACAAUAGUCACGAUUAACCCAACUAUUCACUAUUCAGGUUCUAGAAGUGUUUAGCACAUUCACCAGUGGGUUUGAAUGAUUUUAAAUAGCGCCGUGGUUAGACCUGCACAGUUUGGGUGGGUUUGAAUCUCACCUCCAUAAGGUGAUUGCAUGAUCUCUAGGAGCAUUCCACCUUCCUCCAACAUAAAAAAAAAAUUAUAAUAAUUUGCAAAUUGCCCGUAGCGUAUGACUGGGUGUGUGAGUUUGUGAAAGUGUGUGUGCUCAGGCUCUGCACAGGAUAAACACGAUGGAGAGAAUGUAGUGAUUUUCUAACCCAGAAAGUCAGCUACUCUUUAUUCCUGGAGCGUAUUUUAAGGCACAUUUAAAAUUUUCUGUUACGUUCCUUUUUCCAAGACCUCCAGGGCAUUUUUCUUUGGAACCAGUGAAGUAUUCUUAUUGCUUCUUUUCAGGGCAAGUACAAAAAAGCAAAGUCGUCACCUCGUGGCCGCUAUAAAAUCCCUCGCUCAUCAUCCCUAUCGCUUGUGUAGCACAGACACUGCAGGGGCAGGUUAAACGUUGUUAAGGUUACUUGAGCAAAACUGAAGGAGCUCACACAAUUAUUCUUGAAGGUAUAUGUAUACGGUAUGAUGUUAAUGGUGAAUGCAGCUUAAAUUUCUUUGCUCUCAACCCCUAUGCCGGUAAAAAGGGUAGAAAAUCCUAAAGGGAAUCCAAAACAAGCAGUGAAAGGCCUCGCAGCAGAUAGUAGCAAGUAGACUUGCAUGGAUUGUUUAUGUAGAUGAGAAGAUAAAUUGGCAGGUCCCAACACAAUAUAGCCCAAAGCCUGAUGAGAAAAAAGUGCACUGUGUCACCUGCUACUGCAACCUGAAAAAGCCUUUAGUGCACCGUCUCAGGGGGCUCCAGAUCAUUGUCUCUCUCUCUGCCAGAAACACAAAUUGGACAUUUUAAAGCUCCAGGCUACACCUUCGGCAUCAUAGCGUUCAGACCAACUCAACUCAACUCAUCUUUAUUUGUAUAGAACUUUACCAACAAGAAGUGCUUCACAUAAAUAAUAAAAUAAUAUAAUAAUCUACUAGAAUAAAAUAAAAACAAAAUAAUGACAAUAAAAAUAAAUACAAUUUUAUUAAAUAAUAUAAAAAAAAAAAAAAAAACACACAAGCUUGGAAGUGGAUAGAUGUUCUGCUUAGAUGAUAUCCUGGUGCAAUUAGAUACUGUAUGCAUUUCAUAUCGCGCACCAGUCCUGUGCCAUGGCGAUUUAGUGAAUGUGGAUUCUUUCUGCAGGGACAAAGACUUAGGACCAGCAUGCUUUAGUAAUGACUGAUUGAAUCUAGUAUAUUAAAUUGCACGUCAAGAGCACCUUAUUUUAUUAAUUUAUUAAAUGUUAUUAGAUGCUUUGUACUUGCACAGAUAAGCCAUAACAUUAACACCACAUAACAAUCAUAUACCAGUAAACUGGUGGCAGGACCCAUGGCUCACACAUGUCCAAUGAGACCAAAGGACGGCCCUUCCAGUCGGAUCUCACUGAAAAACUAAUGCAGCAUAAAUCUAAAAAAAAAAAAAAAAGGGUCAAUGUAGAA